AAUGUUGGCAACAAAAAAAUUAAUUAGAAAACAAAUUAAACAAAAAAUCGACCAACUUUUAUCAAAACCAGAAGGACUUGAAGUUAUUGAAAAAGAAAGUAAUUUUGUUAAAGAAAAGUUAUUUAAUCACCAAUGGUUUAAACAAGCCAAACGGAUCGCUAUUUAUGUAAGUACUUUUGGGGAGAUUGUAACUGAUGAAAUUAUUCUUCGGGCACUUGAAGAUGGGAAAGAAAUCACCUCUGGAAGAUCAACGCUGUUGCUAGUGUUGAUUUUUAGCGUGUUGAUCAAAUGGGUUUUUCGAAAAUAUUUUUUUAAUAAAAAUUUUUUUAGAAUAAAGAAAGGAAAUGAACACAUGGAAAUGCUCAAAUUAUCUUCUAAAGACGAAUUUGCUAAACUUGAAAGAACAACUUGGGGAAUUCGUCAACAUUCAAGUGAUUUAUCACCGCCUACGUAUUUUGAUGGAAUGACAACAAAACAAAACGAACACCUUUUGGAUUUAAUUGUAAUGCCUGGUGUUGCAUUUACUUUAAAUGGAAAACGUUUAGGACAUGGACGUGGGUAUUAUGACCGUUUUCUUUUGGAAUAUUCACAAAAAUGUAAUGGAAAUUAUCCAAAAACAAUUGCUUUAGCUUUAAAUCUUCAAAUAAUUGAAGAUUUACCGAUGAGUGAAAGGGAUGUUUAUAUUAAUCAAAUAUUAUAUUCUACUUAA